AUGGCGAUAGUUUUUUCGGAGGAUGAUCGAGACUUCUUUAAUAAGUUCACGAGUGCGCGGAAUGCACCACAUAUCAAUGAUGACAUGCUAGAAGACGUUCACAGCGUUUUAUCCAAUAAAGAGUUCUCUCAUGCAACAAGGCUCGCUGCAGCGAAACUUCUGGUGCAUUUCCUGGACGCAAAUGAUGGAGAAUGCAUACGUCAUCCCACUGUUGACUGGGUAAUCCUGACAGCAAUGCUCGAAGCUGCGGACCCAGCCCGUUUGGUGGAAAUAGUGAAGGCAUGGAUGAUUUGCUUUGAAAAGCGUCGAAUAAGGUGA